AAUGUGUGGUAAAGUUCUAACACAAGUGGGAAAUAAAAUUCCCUGUUAAUGCCUGUUGAUUCGCUCUAUGCAAGUUUGGUGCAUAAUGUAGUCGUAAUUACGCAACAAGGUGAUAGAGAUCGGAAAAAUUCUUUGACCGUUUGCAUGCGAAGGACUUUUAUUGAUUCUUGAAAAACCCAACCUAAGUAAGUUUUCUGGGUGAACAAGUGGCGGUGUAUCUUGUACAGUCAUAUUCGAUAUAUUUGGACAGACUUAUUGGAUUAGUAGUAGGUUACAUGUCACUUGGUAGACUGACACAUUUGUUCAGAAUGCUUCAUCGAAAAUGUAGAAGCCAUUACUAUUAUCCAAGAACGAAUAAUACUAAAUCGCGUGUUCAGGUACCCGAUGAAAAAGUGCCAUGGGAUACAAAAUGGGAAGAGUAUAAUCCACUAACAUACACAGCGUCACAUAUUGUUGGACAACCUUGGGCAGAUCCUGACAUAACUGACAGUAAUUUUCACCCACAAUGGAAUAAAAUGGAUGGCAAUAUAAACCGGGAAAGCUACAUGGGAGUUUAUCAGAUUGUAGACUCAUACCCAUUAAAUCCAUUAGGACGUACAGGUCUAAGGGGUAGAGGUGUGUUGGGAAGGUGGGGUCCAAAUCAUGCAGCUGACCCUGUUGUAACAAGAUGGAGGCGAGACAAAUCAGAUAAUGUUGAAAUUCAUCAAAAUACAAAUAAACCAAUUCUUCAAUUUGUUGCCAUUCAAAGAAGAGAUACUGGAGAGUGGGCAAUACCUGGUGGAAUGGUUGAUCCUGGUGAAAUGGUUACAUCAACUUUGAAAAGAGAAUUCAUGGAAGAAGCGUUGAAUGUGUUGGAAAGUGACUAUGCUGAAAGAGAAAAGUGUAAAGCCACAAUAGGUAAAUUUUUUGAAGAAGGAGAAAAUCUGUACCGUGGUUAUGUUGAUGAUCCUCGGAAUACUGAUAAUGCGUGGAUCGAAACUGUUGCAGUGAAUUUUCAUGAUGAUAGUGGAACUUCUGUUGGUGCAUUCCCCUUAUGUGCUGGUGAUGAUGCAGUAAAUGUUCGUUGGGUGGAUAUCGGCUGUGAUCUGUCACUAUAUGCCAGUCAUAUUGAUAUCAUAGAAAAAGUUGUUGCAAGGCAUAUUGCACAUUGGUAAUUUUCAUGUUAACAUACUGUGAUAUAUAACAUUUGUAAUAUGCAUACUGCAGAUGGGCAGAGGAUUUUUCUUUUAGUUUCUAUGUCCAGACUGGCUCUGGGGCCAGCUCUGCUUCACAUCCAGUGGGUACUGAGGGGUCUUCCCCUGGGGUAAAGUGCAGCAGGGAUGUGAUGCUGACCACCUAAUACCUUGUAGUGGGACAGCUUCACUUUUCUUAUAAGCAAUUAUGACCUCAGACAGGUUUAAGGAAAAUAUAUUUGUAACUUGAUUUAUCUUUUAUGACUACAUUUUUCAGAUGUACUACAACACAUUCUUUAUAAGGGUUAUUAUAAGUCAUUUCCUAUAUUAAGAGACAAAAUUUAAUUUUACCAGAUUUUCCUGUACUUUUUUGUGUGUGUGUGUGUGUGUUCUGUCUGACGACAGGUCCAUAUGAACAGGAUCCUUCCAUCCUUUUCUCGGACUGGGACCUGUUCAUAUACGUUCUUGGCAGAUGAUCCAGAAGUGGUUUGCCAUUGCCUUCUUCUGUGAAUAGCUUGAAGUGACUGAACAUAUUCAGAUGGGAUUUCCUGGAAGGUUUACUAUUAACUGUACCAAUUAUUCUAAGGCCUUGAGAUGGUUCUCAAAUCUUCGUCAGAUUCAUGAAGGUCUGGUUAUGAAUUGUCAUGGUCCAGUUUCUGGUUGAUUAUAAUAGCACCUGAAUGAAUACUGGCAUCUGUAUAAUAAAUUCUGAAUAAAUGCAGUAGAAGCUAACUGAA